AACUCACUAGGUGCUCCCGGUUCCAGGGGACUCUUCCCAGCUGGUAGGAGCAGGUGUCCCACGCCGGUCACUCUGCGGAAAAAGGACGUCGCAACCAGUCUUUAAACCAUGAGCUCCCUCACGAUCCACUCCUUCCGGGAGAUGAUGAACAGCCUGCUGAGCUCAUCCAACUUUGAUCGGGUGUUGAGUAAGAUGACAGUUCUUUCUGCAACUCCUGGAAAGGUUGUUUGUGAAAUGAAAAUAGAGGAGGAGCACACAAACAGAGGUGGCACGUUGCAUGGAGGUUUGACUGCCACACUGGUAGACGUAGUGUCAACAGCAGCAUUGUUGUACACAGAAAGAGGAAUGCCUGGGGUCAGUGUGGAUAUGAACAUUACAUACAUGUCUGCUGCUAAGAUUGGGGAAGAGAUAUUGAUCACUGCUCAGAUUUUGAAACAAGGAAGAAGGCUUGCCUUUGCCAGCGUGGAUGUAACAAACAAGGCAACAGGAAAGUUCGUAGCACAAGGCAGACAUACAAAAUACCUAGGACAUUAAUAUAAGAAAAUGAUAUCUGAAAAGGAAAGUUUGUGCUUAAGAAGCUAGCAUUGAUUUAUUUUUUCUAAUUUAAGCUGUAUCAAGUUACCACGAUCUGAAAGCAGUUAAAUGAUCUAUGUAAAAUGAGUUGGUCUCAGUCCCAUUCCUAGUGGACAAUUGUUCACACUGUAAUUGGCACCAAUUCUGAGCUUGUUGCAGUCUUGGUAGAGAGACCAAGGACUGAAGAGACAUGGAGACCAAUGUACUUUUUUUGAGCCUGAAGAUAAGGUCAAUGUUCAGGCUCACUGAUGGGACUGUGUGGGGAAGCUUUCUGCUCCCCAUUCUGUACCUCUCUCAUGAAAACAUGUUUCCAGUCUCCAGGGCUGUCAGUUCAUAACCUUUCAAAAACCAAAGCAACUAACCAACUGCAUUUUUUUGUCCUAUGCUAUAAAGUGAUAUUAAAGUAACAGGUGUUACAAGUGCAGUAUUGCUGUUUUAAAUUAUUAAUCUGAAAUAAGAAUAUUUUGCAAAUGGGAAAUGUAAUACAUUGAGAACAUAGGUAAGUCUUUAUAUUUGGCAAAUGCCUAACUGAUUAAAAAAUUCAAUAACUGUUCAAGAAGUACACAUUUAAUAAAAGCUCUCAUACUACUACAUUAAGUAAGCUCAUUCAGCCCAGAUGAAGAAACUCUUUUCUCUGUGGAAAGUUGUAUAGUUAUACUGUGCUAGAGCAGUGUUUCUCAUCCUCAGUGGCUCAUGACCUCUAGGGGUGGGAUUGUGCAUCACAAAAUGCAAUCAGGAGGGUUGUGAGGUGUUGAAAAUUUCACAACCAUUCUGAAGCAAAGAACAUUUCCAGAAUAACUUUAGGGGUAGCCAAAACCUUAAAGUGUAUGAGGUCAAGUAGUAGUAGUAGUAAUAUUAUAAUAGAGAGUUAUCACUGACAUUUUUUAUUCUUUAAUAUAAAAUGCAUGGGGGUCAACUUUUUCCAAAAUGACCAUUACCUCCUUUUUUUUUUAAAUUAAUGUAUGUAAAUAUGGCAUGGCUCUGUAUUUAAAAAGUUUGUCAUUCUUGCCAAGGCAAAUCGACCCAUCCAGUUCUUGCUUUUUAUAUACAGUAAAAUGGAAAAAAAUCUUUCCUAUUUUUGCCAUUUAAUUCAUUUAAAAAAUUUUUUUUUCCAGUCAUCAGUAUCUAUUUGAUUUACAGAACGAUCAUACACUAACCAUUUAGUGAAAAUAAAUUUAUUUUAAUGAA